AAUACCUGUGACUAGCAAUUUUACUGCACCAGCUCUACUGGCGACCGAAUAAAGAACAAAUGUGCGUGAAAAAAUGUCCAUUUAAAUUGGCAAUUAUUGUCGGGCAGGUAUUGUGUUAAUUAAAAGCCAAUAUACCGAAAAUACGUAGCAUUUGUGAAUGAUCAACUGGUACGCAUAUGAAAGCACAACGACCCAAACAAGUAGAAGAACAACAACAACAGAACAGCCAGCAACAUGUCUUCCAAUACAAAUGGCAAUGGGGAGUUAAAGAAAUUAUCCGAGGAAUCGCUGCUGCAGCCGCCGGAGAAGGUCUUUGACAUUAUGUACAAACUGGGCGAGGGUAGCUACGGUUCCGUUUACAAGGCGCUCCACAAAGAGAGCAGCUCCAUAGUGGCCAUCAAACUGGUGCCGGUUGAGUCCGAUCUGCAUGAGAUUAUCAAGGAGAUUUCGAUUAUGCAACAAUGUGAUUCCCCGUAUGUGGUGCGCUAUUAUGGCUCGUAUUUUAAGCAAUAUGAUCUGUGGAUCUGCAUGGAGUACUGCGGUGCCGGCAGCGUUUCGGAUAUAAUGCGUUUGCGCAAGAAGACGCUAACCGAGGAUGAAAUCGCCACCAUAUUAUCAGAUACGCUCAAGGGCCUCGUCUAUUUGCAUCUGCGCCGCAAGAUCCAUCGCGAUAUCAAGGCGGCCAAUAUAUUGCUCAACACCGAGGGCUAUGCUAAGCUGGCGGACUUUGGUGUGGCCGGUCAGCUGACGGAUACCAUGGCAAAGAGGAACACCGUGAUUGGCACACCCUUCUGGAUGGCGCCAGAGGUCAUUGAGGAGAUUGGCUACGAUUGUGUCGCAGACAUCUGGUCGCUGGGCAUCACAGCGCUGGAAAUGGCCGAAGGCAAGCCACCAUAUGGUGAUAUACAUCCCAUGCGUGCCAUAUUCAUGAUACCCCAAAAACCGCCACCCUCAUUUCGCGAACCCGAUCACUGGAGCACCGAGUUUAUUGAUUUCGUCAGCAAGUGCCUGGUCAAGGAUCCGGAUGAGCGUGCCACGGCCACGGAGCUGCUGGAGCACGAGUUCAUACGCAAUGCCAAGCAUCGCAGCAUACUAAAGAACAUGCUGGAGGAGACGUGCGCCAUAAGAGAGCAGCAGCGUGCCAAUCGUGCGGCCGGCGUUGCCAUGAGCCAGGCCAAGAGUCUGGCCACACAGGAAUCGGGUCUAAUGCUUCACGAGGAGGAGACCGAAUUCAAUUCGGGCACUGUGAAGACUUUCAUAGACGAUCCCGGCACCCUGGUGCCUGAGAAAUUCAAUGAAUACCAACAGAACUCUGCCUCUGAUGCGACCAUGAUAGCACAUCCGGAAGAUAUGGACGAGGGCACGCUGGGACCCGGCGGCAUACGCGGUGGCAUGGCCAAAGCAGCUGCCAAGGCGGCAGCAACAGCAGCCGGCGCUGCUGGUGGUUCGUCGGGUGCUGAUGUGGCCACUGUGGAUAGCGGCACGAUGGUGGAGCUAGAGUCCAAUUUGGGCACAAUGGUCAUCAACUCGGAUUCGGAUGACUCGACCACGGCCAAGCGGAAUGACGAUCAGAAGCCGCGCUAUCGCUAUCGACCACAGUUUCUCGAUCACUUUGAGCGCAAGAAUGCGGGCGAUGGACGUGGCGAUGAGAAGGCAACUAGCACGCCCACGGAAUACUCGCCGGCUGCUGCGGAACAGCAGCUGCAGCAGCAACAGCAACAACAGCAGCAGCAGCAACAACAACAGGAGCAACAUCAUUUGGCCAGCGGUGCGCAUGAUGCCAACAAUUGGGAGCACAACAUGGAAAUGCAAUUUCAGCAAAUCUCCGCCAUCAAUCAGUAUGGACUGCAGCAGCAUCAGCAGCAGCAGCAGCAACAACAACAGCAGCAGCAGCAACAGUUGCUCAUGGCCUAUCCGCUGAUGAACGAGCAGCUGAUUGCGCUCAACAAUCAGCAGAAUUUACUGCGCAGCAAUGCAGCACAGCAGCAGCAGCAGGGGGGAGCUGCAGCAGCGGCAGCUGCAGCACAGCCACCGCCCGCAUAUCAGCAUCAGCAUUUGCACACACAAUCCCAUGCUUAUGUGGAGGGUGAAUUUGAGUUCUUGAAGUUUCUUACCUUUGACGAUCUGAAUCAGAGGCUCAGCAAUAUUGAUCACGAAAUGGAGCUGGAAAUUGAGCAGCUCAAUAAGAAAUACAAUGCCAAACGGCAGCCCAUUGUGGAUGCAAUGAAUGCGAAGCGCAAACGCCAACAGAAUAUCAACAAUAAUCUGAUUAAGAUAUAAGAAUCUAAAGUUAAACAAAAAAGAUAACGCAAACUCAACCGAGCAGCAGCUGAUAUUGUAAGUGAAACCAGAACGUAAAAGCUUUAUUGUAAAAUGCACUGAAAAUGCGGCAAAGCAGAUAAAUAUAUAUUUAUAUAUAGGAACUACUGAUUAUAUAAAGGAAGGAAUCACGUUAAACAUAUUCUAAAAUGCACGUAUAUCGUUUCGUAUUCAAUUCGUGACAUAUAAUUUAAAUGUUUCUUCAGUUCUGCUAUCUCAACUGCCCCAAAAAAAAAAAAAAAUCAACCCUCUCUCAAAAGCCUGCUCCUAUAAACUUAAGACUUAAUUGGUGCGUUCUACCUUUGUUAACUAAACUAAAUAAUAUAAUUUAAACAACUUA